AUGUCAAAUCCUACUUCCGAAGAGAACCUGAGGCGGAGAGGCUACCAUUCCUUGCUCUCGUCCUAUGGCAAAGUCUUCCAUGUCGAGAAGCGAUGGAAACUUAUAAGGGAGAUGGGGUCCGGUGCAUACGGAGUUGUGAUUUCCGCUCUGGAUGAGAUAUCAGGGGAAACCGUAGCUAUCAAACAAGUUUCUCGCGUCUUCGACAAGGUGCAACUGGCGAAGCGAGCUCUCCGGGAGAUUACUCUCCUUCGACAUUUUUCCAACCACGAGAAUAUAACCGGCUUGAUAGACCUAGAUGCUAUAUCGCCUGAUGCGGAUGAAAUUUAUAUAUUUAUGGAGCCGAUGGAAGCUGACUUGCAUCAAAUUAUCAAGUCAGGUCAAUCGCUGACUAACGAACAUGUUCAAUACUUCCUCUACCAAAUCCUCAGAGGGAUGAAAUAUAUUCAUUCAGCCUCUGUCGUGCAUCGCGAUCUUAAACCAGGCAACCUCCUGGUGAACGCCGAUUGUGAGCUGAAGAUAUGCGACUUCGGCUUGGCGAGGGGCUUCGAGCACACCCCCGAUGGCAAUGCAACGCAACUAACAGAAUAUGUCGCUACCCGGUGGUACCGCGCUCCUGAGCUUAUGUUAGCUUUCAGACAAUAUAACACCGCCAUCGACGUAUGGUCAAUAGGCUGUAUAUUUGGAGAACUUCUACUGGGCAAACCCCUGUUCAAGGGCAAGGAUUACGGUCAGAACAUCAUCUUUCAAAUCCUUGACGUGUUAGGUACCCCUGACGACGAAGUCAUCAAGCGAAUAGCAAGUGACAGGGCGCAAGCGUAUCUCCGUUCAUUACCCUAUAAGAAGAUGGUGCCUUACUUAAAAAUCAUGCCUAAUGCCGACCAUCAAGCUAUAAACCUCCUCGCGAAGAUGCUCACCUUUGACCCGGCUGCUCGAAUCACGGUAGCCGAUGCCUUAGAACACCCGUGGCUAUCUUCCUACCACGACAUCGACGACGAACCCGUUUGCGCUGUCAAGUUCAAUCGGUGGCGUGAAGUGGAAGAACUGGAAACGAUAGAGCAGUUCCGAGACGCGAUCUGGAGAGAGAUCCAAGACUACCGUCGGGAAGUCCGGACGUUCUCCUUCGAGAUACCAGAGGACUAUGAGCGCACCAGAAGCCGGGACCGGAAGGAGUCCUCACUUCCGGGAGGACCUUCUACCACCCAAUUCCCCUCGAUAUCCGAAGAUCCAGAGGUUUCCGUGCAGGAAGCAGAGGACUCGACGGUCAGCGAGGCUACGAUUCCACCGGGCGCGGUGACGCCUACCGACCCUGUGCUUGCCUAUUCACGGAGGUCGAGCUUCUUCGGACCGCGUCGACGAGAUUCUUAUGCCUCGUCGCCUUACGUCGGCAGGCAGCCUCUGCCGCCCUCCCGCGAGGAACCAGCUGUCACCCAGGAGUCAGAUACCAUGGCGUCGGGGACCACGGGCAGCAACACCGUCGCGUUCCCCAGCGAGAAUUAUGUUGUCCCUGCGCGGUCGCGGACUAUCUCGCAAGCGACUGGCAUGGGUACGUUCCCUCGCAAGGUCCUGCGUACACUGUCCACCGUAUCGAUAUACGAGAGCGUCGACGGGUUACCAGCGGAUCUUGCGCAUCUAGGGAAGUAUAUCAAAGAGAGAGACGUGACCGAUGCAGAUGCACCUGCGUCUGAAGUUCCGAAAGACUUUCCCUUAGACAAACAAGGUGGCGAGAAUGAUUCUCACAAAUUCCAUAUCGGAUAG